CUCCACCACCGCCGCGGAGCGCGUGCUGUGCGCACUCACUGCGUAAUGGCCUCAGGACCGACGGCAGCGGCGCCGAGCUCUCGUCUCCAGAUGGAUUAUGAGACGAAGAUCUUCCCCCACGUCGGCGGCUACGGGCGCUACAACCGGAUCGUGGUCGUGUUCAGCUGGUUCCCCAACUUCGCCGUCAUGCUCAAUCUGUUCAGCGACGUGUUCUACACUCAGAUCCCGGACUCGUACCACUGCAAGCCGGACCCGACGCUGCUGCCCUCCGCUUUCCUCCUCAGCAACUUCUCCAGGCAGGGAUACCUCAACCUCACCAUCCCCUGGGUGGACGGCUCCGGCCUGAGCCACUGCGAGCUCUUCAGGUACCCCCCCAACUCCUCGGACUUCUCCGAAAACGCGCCCAGGGAGCGGGUCUCCUGCACCAGGGGGUGGGAGUACAACCACGCAGCGGGGCUCCAGAGCAACUUUGUCACUGAGUGGAACCUGGUCUGCAGCGACUACUGGAAAAUCCCCGUGCAGCACAUCUGCUUCAUGACGGGAUGGAUCCUGGGAUACGUCUUCCUCGGCACACUGUGUGACUGGCUGGGCCGGCGCAGAGCCUUCCUCGUCUCCAUCAGUCUGUCCAGUCUGUUUGGAGUGGCCCUGUGUUUGUCCAGCAGCGCCGUCGUGUUCCUGCUGCUGCGUUUCUCUCAAGGCGCCAUGCUCGCCGGAGUGUUUGUGUCCUCGUACGUUGCCAGGCUGGAGCUGUGUGACCCUCCCCACCGCCUCAUGGUUGCCAUGGUCAGCGGCGUCUUCGGCGUGUUCGCUGAGCUGCUGUUGCCGGGCAUGGCUGUCCUGUGCCGCGAUUGGCCCGUCCUCCAGGCCGUGGCCACUUUGCCGUUGCUUCUGCUGCUUUCCUAUUGGUGCUGUGCGUCAGUGUUUCCCGAGUCUCCUCGCUGGCUGCUCGCCACGGAGCAGAUUCCUCAGGUGAAGAGGAGCCUCCAGGAAUUCUCCACCAGAAAUGGUGUUUGUCUGCAAGAUGAUCUCUACCCCGGUGAAACCCUGCUGUCAGACAUAGAUUCUGCCUACAUAGAAGACUGUGGCCCGAGUUACUACUCGGUUCUGGAGCUGCGUCGGACUCGUGUCAUCUGGAAGAACUGCCUCAUCCUCAGCUUCACCCUGUUCAUUGGAACAGGAAUCCAGUACUGCUUCACCAGAAACCUGCACCAUUACUCCACCAACUUCUACUUCAGCUACUUCCUGCGGGUGGUGAUGGGAGCCGUGGCCUGCGUCUUCAUCUGCCUGUCGGUCAAUCACUUCGGUCGGCGCGGGAUGCUGCUGCUCUCCGCCAUCAUCACCGGGCUGUCGUCGCUGCUGCUGCUGGCCCUCACUCAGUAUCUUCAAGGCGGCCUGGUGUUGGUGCUCUCAAUCGUAGGUUUGCUCUUCUCUCAGGCUCUCGCUAUGCUCAGCGUCUUCUUCGCCUGUGAGGUGAUGCCGACUGUAGUCCGAGGUGGAUGCCUCGGCCUGGUGCUGGCGUCCGGCUGCAUCGGCAUGGCCGCCUCCUCCCUGAUGGAGCUCCAGAACAACAGCGGCUACUUCCUCCACCACGUCAUCUUCGCCUCCUUCGCCGUCCUGUCCGUCCUGUCCAUCAUGCUGCUGCCCGAGAGCAAGCGCAAGCCGCUCCCGGACUCCAUGAAGGACGGCGAGUGCCAGCGGCGGCCGCCCCUCUUCCUGUCCCGGCCCGACAGAGACAACCUGCCCCUGCUGUGCACGCGGCCGCCGCUGUCCGAGUACAACCCCGACAACUACUCCCGCCUGGUCUCCGCCACCAGGAAGAUGUUGACUAAAGAUAACCUGCCGUAUAGGAUCGCCGUGCCAACCCACCCCCCUCUGCUGUCAGAAAAUGAAACGCAGGAACGUGAGGAUGAGAUGCGGAGGGAGACAUCCUAACAUACCCCCCCUCCGCUCCUCUGUACAGACUUGGAUUAUCCCACCUCCUCCUACACAUACCUCCUUCAUAACAUCCUUCAUACAGAAGUUUUCCCUUAGUAACUGUCCAUAACUCAACUGAAGAGAACUGACCUCAGCUGGGAUGUGAUGCACUUUAGAGCUGACGGCUCCAUCUACUGUACAGGGGCGUUAACCCGCGUGGAUUCAGGUAAAAGCCCCAGAGAACGGUGGUCUUCUUUAGCUUAACUUCGUUCUUUCUUCUCAUUUCUCCUCAUUCAAACCUGCGUGAAGGCUAAAGAAGUUCCUGCUGAACGAAAACAUGGUGUUGUGUGGCGCAUAUCUUUUGAAAGGGACGGUCAGCUUCACCAGAGGAGCUCUCGUUAGUCAGUCAGUCAGUCUGCUGAUCACAUGAGCAGCAGCACAUUGUUCGUUUAUCAGCAGCGCGAGGAAUUUUCUUUGCGUCGUCGCGGAGUCUGAUUCACCAGCUGUGUGUCGGUGCUGAUAGGAGCCCGGGGAUCACUAGGAACGCACAAAACAAGGUUCAAAAGUGUUUUUUGUGAAGCACACGAGAGGGCGCUACAUGAUGCACCAGUCACUGAAUAUCAUUCUUUAAUUGUUAAAGCUAACAUAUAGGAAAAAACACACAUGCAUCUCUAUUCAUGUGAAAGAGAUUGCAUGAGUCCUUUAUUUCCAUCUCCUGUGCCACUAACCACUUAUUCACUUACUAAUAUUUAGUGUGACGCGACCUGUGAAAAAGAAAAUAAUACAACUAAAAGAUGGUGAAUUCUGUCCAGUCGAUUAUUAGUGUUGUUUAAAUUCAGUUUUCCUUUCAUUUGUGGAGUCCCACUACUGUGGUUUCAAUGCUUGAAUGCUUUAGACCAACCUUAACUGAAGGGCAUUAAAUACAUCUUUUUUUUUAAUUCUUUUUUAUUAUUUAAUGUUUCUUUAUUUCCCAUAAAGCCUCUAAAUACUGAAUCCUUCUACACUGUUACUGGAAUAAUAUUGUGAUUUCUGUGUGAAAAUGUGACUUCAGCCUUCAAGUGGUGACACUGUGUAAUGGUUUACUGUUUAUAUGUUGCAAACAAAAGUGUUUAUGUGUUAAUCAGAGGUCAAACCGUAUGUUGUAUUCAUGUUUUUUUUGUUGUUUUUUUUUGAACGUCUAUGUGUUUGUCUCUCGGUAUGAUUCAAUUCACCAAUCUAAAUUAAAUAUAUUUAGUUGUAUAGCAAUUCAAAACAUUCAAAUCAGCUGUUUUUUGGAGUGUGUAAUGCCUUGUUCUGAACACUAGGUGGUACCAUUUCCAUACAAAUGCUCCCCUGUGACAAACCAGCCACACUGUUUUCAAGGGAGACGUGUUUUCAGAUGUGAAUGCAGCUUUCUCUGUUAUUAGUUCCUUUAUUCAAGCAUUGAGAACAAACUCUGUCGUAGAAUGCGUCAACAUUCUGCCUCUUGUCACAGUUUUUGUUGGGAUAUAACAGCAAAACGAGUUGAAACUCUGACUCAGGUUUUAAUAAACUGAACUUGUACAUGAUCAUUAUUGUGCCAUGUGUCUUUGCUGUUAUGUUUAUUUAUAUCACAAGUCCCGAUCUGAUCUUAGAUAAAAAAAAAAAGGCUUUUCUUAUCUUGCUUAUUCUCCUAGAUCUUGUGCGCAUCGUACGACUGGAUUCGUUCCAAUAAAUAUUUCUGUCAGAGUUAAUGUAGCGUGGAGAGGUUGAGCUUGUACAUUAUGUUCUCUACUCCAGAAAUGUGCUGGUCAUGCAACUCUAUAAACUCCAUAAACCCUCUCUGGAAUCGUUUUCACGUUGUCGCAGUGUCCAGGAAACUUUUCUUUAACGCAUUUUUUAUUUUUGAUGAUUCAAGGUGUUGAAUGACGAUCUAACGAUACCGCCUGGCUCCACAUUACAUAAUUAUAAUACAAAUGUCAGUAAAUUCCAACAAUAACAAUGAGAGAUUUAGAACAGAUUUAUAUAGCACCUUUUAUGACACCCAAUUAUGCUUUACAAGAACAGAGAAGACAAAUAAGAAAAAAGACAGCACAGGGUGAGCGAACGGAGU